CUGACGGUGUAUGUGUAGUGUGUAGUGCAUAUGGGUCUGAUAGUGCAUGAGUGCAACCGAAGUAUUACACGGAAAGAAGAAUCAUUUUCUGAUCGCACCAGCUGGGUGGAGCGAUUGAAAGCUGUUCGCGCACUUCGCGGACACGGCACCGGUGUAAACAAUAGCCGCUCGCUCCUCGGAUUUGGCGAAAUCCUCCAGCCUCUGUUGGGAUGAGGGGAGACAUUUGAACACCCGCUUUGAUUCGGACGGUGGGAGUACAGAGGGCUGAACACAGCGUUGUACGAUUGGGCGUGAUAAAUUGAUGGAGGCAAUGGAGCAGCAGCGACAGAGAGCGCUAUCCACAUCAGGAGAAUCAUUGUAUGCUGUGCUUGGAGUGAACAAGAAUGCUACCACAGAAGAAAUAAAGAAAUGUUACAGGAAACUGGCGUUAAAGUUUCACCCAGAUAAGAAUCCCGACAAUCCAGAGGCUGGUGAGAGAUUCAAAGAGAUAAACAAUGCGCAUUCCAUUUUGAGCGACAGCACCAAGAAGAACAUAUAUGACAAGUAUGGCUCCCUGGGCCUCUAUGUGGCUGAGCAGUUUGGAGAGGAAAACGUCAACACCUACUUUGUUCUGUCCAGUUGGUGGGCCAAGGCAUUAUUUGUCUUCUGCUGCUUGUCCACUGGUUGUUACUUCUGCUGCUGCAUGUGCUGCUGCUGCAACUGCUGCUGCGGAAAAUGCAAACCUCGGCCACCCAUGGACCAGGAUCCCGAUUUCUAUGUAUCCCCAGAAGAUCUGGAGGCCCAAAUGACUGCUGAUGAGAGAGAUGGAAACAAUGAUCCCAUCAUGAUGCAGCCGUCCUCUGCCACUGAAACCACGCAGCUCACCGCUGAGACCCACCAAAGCUACCGGACUGACACAUAUUAAGAAACGCACCCGCAUACAUGCACACACACGGAGGCAAGCACACAGAUACACUUCUACCUCCAUGGUUUCUCCAUGUUCCAUAAUUGGUUUGUCAUUAAUUUGUUCCAUUUUCAAUUGCAAAUCAAACAACAAAUUAGGAUUUUAUUUGUUUGAAAGUUGAAUGAAAAUUCCCAUGAGA